UCCCCGGCUCCCCAGAUGCCAUCCUCUGACCCAGUGAGCAGCUGGGGGUGGGUGGUCGUCCUUUCGGGCUUCGUGCAGUCGGCCCUGGUCUUCGGCGUGAUCCGCUCCUUUGGGGUCUUCUUCGUGGAGUUUGUGGCCUAUUUCGAAGAAUCCUCAAGCACCGUCUCCUGGAUCCCAUCCCUCGGGGUGGCCAUCCUGCAGUUUGCAAGCCCGCUGAGCAGUGCCCUGGCCGCCCGCUAUGGGGCUCGCCCCGUCGUGGUGCUCGGAGGCUGCCUCGCUGCUCUCGGCCUGAUGCUGGCCUCCUUCUCCGUCACCAUCACCCACCUCUACCUGAGCGCCGGCCUGCUCACAGGGCUGGGCUGGGCGCUGGUGGUCACGCCCUGCGUGGCGACCGUGGCGCAGUACUUCGAGCAGCGGCGCACGCUGGCCACGGGGCUGGCGGCGGCGGGCGCGGGCGUCUCGGCGCUGCUGCUGCCGCCCGCCUCGCUGGCCCUGCUGCCCCUGGGCCGCGGCCCCGCCUCGCUGGGCGCGCUGGCCGCCGGCUACGGCUUCGCGGCGGGCGCGCUCGUCCCGCUCCAGUACAGCGGCCUGGCCGAGGUCGUGGGCGCCGGACACGUGCUGCGCGCCAUCGGCCUGAUGCACAUGCUGGAGAGCGCGGGCGCCCUGCUGGGGACCCCGCUGUCAGGUCUGCUGAGAGACCGCACAGGGAGUUACGCCGUCUCCUUCGUUGUGGCCGGGCUGCUCCUCCUGGCCGGCACGCUGCUGCUUUUCACCAUGCCAAAUUACUUCUCCUGCGCCAGGCCGCCCGGCUCCAAGUUGGCGAGCUCAGCGGGGCAGCCAGACCUCGAGUCCUCUGAAAUCAGGGGCUCCCCGCAGCAAGACCGGGGCCUGGACCAGCACAAGGCCGUGACCAGCUAGGCAGUGCCAGCAGCCGAGCAGGGGAGCCCCCUUCGCCUGAAACGCUUCCUGGGGCCGUGGAAAGAAGGGGGGGGAAGG